AUGGCAGCGUCCUUCAGCUUCGGUUUCUCAGGCGACGAUAUAGAGGAAGACCCAAAUGAUAUAUCAGCUCCAGGAGGGAAUUCUGAGAAUCAAAAAGCAGAAGAAGGGGGACCUCCGCCACUCAUAGCCCAGACACAUGAUCUAGAUGAGCUGCUCUCCUCCAUCCCAGACAAAAUAUCCUACUCGACCCUUAGCAUUACUUCCCCCAAAGGAUUUACUACCCGUCUCCCCCGCCGCGAACUCUUUGACGUCCGACUCCAACUCAUGGCCGAGGACGGCAAUUCUACUUCCAACCCACUAUCCGGCCUAGACGCUUCCGAUGUCAAAACCAAUGUUUACGAGGGCGGCUACAAGACCUGGGAAUGCAGCAUCGAUCUCGUAAAAUUCCUUCUCGAUCGCGGCCCCCGCAAAGAUCUCGACGACCUUGUGCGCGUCAACCAUGUGAUUGAAAUGGGAUGUGGGACUGCACUUCCAACCUUACUACUCUUCCAAUACGCGCUGAAGAAUGGAUUAGUAGGGUUGUACGUUACGCUCACAGAUUAUAAUGCCGAUGUUUUGAGACUAGUUACCGUGCCGAAUCUUCUCUUAGCUUAUGCGUCCACGAUUGCGGCAAGGGAAGCUCCAUUUUCGAACGACUCUCCGAACCCACUCGCUGAUGAAAAUGCUGACUCUGGAGAUCUCUACAUUACACCGACAUUCCUUCAAGCUUUUCGCUCAACUCUUUCCUCCCUCGGCUUAACCCUCACCCUUCUCUCUGGCUCUUGGCGCCCUGUCUCUUCCCUCCUUCCGCUUAUUCCAAGUGCACCGGAGCUCAACACAUUUGUCCUCGCUUCCGAAACGAUAUACAGCCCCACAUCAUUACUUGCAUUUACCGAAGCAAUGGCUGCGUUAUUGAAAAGGGUCAAGAGUGGGAAGGCGAUAGUUGCGGCUAAGAGGGUGUAUUUUGGGGUUGGGGGAAGUGUUGAUGGGUUCAGGCAAGAGUGUGCGAAUAGGGGCCUUGUAGCUUAUGAGAUGGAGUUUGAAGGGUUGGAAGAGGGGGUGAGAAGAUGUUUAGUAGAGGUGCAGAUGUAUUAGUAUCAAAGUGUUUGGUGAGCAGCAGACGUCUACGCCGUUAUUUUCGAUAAAGAUAUAUAGUUAAGUACAAAAGCUGAUGGCCCAUUAAAG